GAUAACUUGAACUUAUUUGAAUCCCACCUCUAGUUCACCACACUGAAAAGGGAGAACUUAUUCUAGUUGAGAAGAAGACUUAUUGAGACAAAGAAGCUCAGUCUUGUACAGAUUUGUCCAUAAAAAAGUCCCCUCCAUCAACGUUUUAACUGCUAUCAGCUAUACACUAUCUAUUUAUUUAAACACUAUAUUAUUAUUAUUAUGUCCUGGACAGAUUAUAACCAAUAUCAAUUUAAUCAAUCCAUAAAUACAGGCUCUACAACUCCAUUAUCAUCUAUUUCUUCAGUUCAAUAUCAGAAUCAAAAGAAUAAUAAUUUGGUGCAAGAGUUGAAUUCAAAGCUAAUCAACUCUUCAGCCUUGAAUAAUAUUAAUACUAGCUCAACGGUCUCAUCUGUCUCAUCAGACUCAUUAAAUGAACAGCAACAACAACUAUUGAAUAACAAUAAUAACAACAACAACAUGGGUACUCAAAUUGACCAUUAUUUUGCCAAUGAGAACCCAACUCAAGUCUCUAGCUCUAAUUUUUGGAAUAUUCAGCCUAAUAAUAACGGCUCAUCAAAUUUCAACGAUCAACAAUUUCACAAGACAUUGUCAAAAGAGGACCAAUUUAAGAACAACACCAUCGAAGAGGCAAAUUUCCUACAAAAUCAAAUCAACUUAUCCUUAAACCAUGAUCUUUGGACAAACACAAACUACCAAACAUCACAACAACAGAACAACAACAACCACUCACUCAACCAGUUCUCAAACGGUUCGAGCUUAAACCACUCAAGUAGCGAUCAAAGCCUAUUUGACCUCAUGAAAUACGGCCAACAAAGCUACUCUCCAAAUAAUGAUAAUAACAACAUCAAUAGUAUCAAUCAGAUGAUUCAAAACAAUAACAACCCUACCAGCAUGAAUAACACCCAAUUCAACAAUAAUUCCAAUAACGGUAAUGUUUAUACUGCUUCAACUACCCCUGUGCCAUCAACUCCAUUAUCAAAUACCUCUCCUGAACAAAUGGGUGUAUUUCAAGGUCAAGCUCAACUUCAACAACUAUUACAAAUGCAACAACAGCAGCAACAACAACAGCCAAUUCAACAAGAAUUACCUUUGAAUAACACCAUGAACAAUACCCAAAAUAUGAUUCAAAAUUAUCAACAACAACAAUUAUAUUUGGAACAAUUACAACAACAAAAUCAACAAUUGUUGCAAAACCCUUUAUUCAUUCAACAACAAGCUCAAUUAGUUUCACAACAAUUACAACAAUUACAAAUUCAACUUCAAUUACAAAAACAGCAAUUGGAAUCAAAUAAUUUACAUUUAUUAAAUUUACAAAAUGGUUCCACUACUACUGAUUUAAAAUUACCAUUAACUGAAGAGAAUUUGAUCAAAUUACAACAAUCUCCAAAAGAACAACAACAACAGCAACAACAAUCCACAAUAGCACCAUCAACAAAUUCUUCAGGAAAUGAUGAUAAUAAAUCAAAUGUUAAUACAGAAUUAUACAAGACAGAAUUAUGCUCAACUUUUAAUAAAACUGGUUCAUGUCCUUAUGGUAAUAAAUGUCAAUUUGCUCAUGGUGGUAAUGAAUUGAAGAUUGUUAAUCGUGGUUCAAAAUAUAGAUCAAAACCUUGUGCUAAUUGGACUAAGACUGGUGCUUGUAGAUAUGGGAAUAGAUGUUGUUUUAAGCAUGGGAAUUGAUCAAUUGGGGGGAGUUCAAUUUAUUAUUAUUUGUCAUUAUUUGUUUUAUUAUUGUUCUGUCAUAGAAGGUUUUCAAUUAUUGUUGGUUUGUUAGUUAAUAUUGUCAAGUGUUAAUGAUGUUUAUUAUUUGUUAUUGUGAAUCAAUUGGUAUUUUAUUAUUAUGAUUAUGAUAAUG